GUCCCGGGCAGACGACACGGCCUAGACUGGUCUAGCUCGCGUGGCGUCUGGGGGAUGCGUUCCGCCCAGGUUGGCACGGUCGGCGACGGUCGUCAGGCCGACCUCCGAAUCAGCUACCAGCGUUCUACAAGUAUCACCUUGAUACUAUAGAGACCUCAAAUAUUUUGUUUGCGGCCUGUUCGGUGACGUCGCGGUGAACAGGCUUCUCAAGUCUGCGCAAUUACCGCGCUUUGAUGCCAAUUAUUGUUGCCGUCAUCCAACAUACAUGCAAGGAGACUAGAAACAUGCUCCCGGGCUUAAGAGUGCGACCCUGGCGAAAGCAUGCCUCGCGAAAUGUGGUGACAGCCACCCUCGCAGAAUGCGACAAGAGUCAAACUUUUGCAUCCUUAUAUGUCAUAUAAGUUAAUUCCUGAAAGAGGGAGGCUAAGUCUACGCGAGCGUGGAGAAACACGUGUGGACACGUUUUUGCCCCUCUUCAGACCGGCGUCAUACCCGUGUGGGGUCACCUGCGGCAUGGGCACCGUGCCGAAGGGCUGAGCCAGGAGCCAACUUUGCGAGGAAGCAAAGCCGCGCCUUCACACUUUCUGUAUCGCAAAUUCAUUCAUUUAUUCAUAUAUAUCUUGUACAACACUAUCCCUGCAACACUAGUGAGAGGCUCCUUCACUGAGAAACAAUAGUCAACAGCCAGUUUCUGCAGUCCUUUUCCGCUGCGCUUACUUCUUUGCACAAACUGUAUUCAAAUUGUGUAGUAUUGUCCUUGCCUGCUGACCGACGCAGCUUCUGCAAGGUCUGCUGCAAGGCUGGUGCCCCGCGUACGCGCCUGCAAGCCCGCCGAGUCGCAUUGCCUCGAAACAUCAAGCGGCAAUCUUGUUCUUACCGUCCAUCUUCUCCGACUGUUUGGUCGGUCUGUUUCAAGGAGCGUAGGCGUCGCCAUCCUUCGGCAGCAGGCGUCGUGCGGUCCGCCCCAGCCACGCCGCAUAACAUCAAGCUCCACCUUCACAGCUCGUAUGGAAGGCGGCCACCGCUGUAACGCCAGAAGUGGCCGUGGCGGCGGCGACGACAUCAGCUGUGCGGGGCAGCAGACGCCGGGCGGUGCAGCAGGCGACUGCCGCACAGUUUGCCGCGGCCGCAGCAGCGCACGCUCUGGCCGGGUGUGGCGCCCUGACCCAGGGCCAGACAUAGGGACUCAGGGCGUUGCAUCGUGCCUCACAGUUAGCAGGCAUGUCGGGGGCAGCAGCAGGCGCUGCCGGCGGCAAACACACGGCCCGGGCUCCUGGGCAGCAGCGGGGCCAGCCUUCUCACUGGCGCUGCUUCUGCUGCUGGUGAUGGGGCCGGUUGCCACGCUGGCUGCGGACGCCGUCACGGUGGCGGGCGGCGGCGGUGGCAGUGGCGGCGGCAGUGGCAGCACUGGCAUGGGCGACACGGGGGCGGAUGUGUGUGACAUCCUGCCGGCCUGGAGCCCCGCCAACCCGCCCAUCGCGGGGGAGCGGGUGGCGAGAUUCCAGGUGGUGGCACGCAUUGCGGCGCCCUCGCCGCCGCUGCUGGCCACACUGCAGUACGGCGACGAGGACGGCAGGCAACGCACGUACACAACCCGGGCGUACGGACAGCCGGACGCGUACGGCCGCACGCCGUACAUCCUGGACCGCUGGGCGGGCGCCUCAGUGUACGACAGCACCCCCGAGGCCUCCACUGCACGGCUGUACGGCAAGAGCGGCUGGUACAACGUGACGUGCCGGGUGCAGGACUCGGCCGGCAGGCUGGCCACCGGCACACGCCGCGUGUACGUGUACGCCGCCACGCCCCGCGCGGCCUUGGGCGGCUGGCCCACGUUACUGACCGGGCCCGGCACCGGCACAGACGCGCCCACCCCAGCCACUGAGUCCCUGCCCGUCACGUGGGCGGACCCCGGCCUGCCGCCCGCCACGUUCCGGGUCUUGGAUCUUCAAAUCCAGGACAGCGGCCUUGGAUCUGGAUUUCCUUACGGCAUUGUGCACGGCUACCUGUCGGCCCGCGCCCUGUCGCCCGACCCCGCCGCGGACCCCGGCGACCCGGACAGCUGGUCCCUGGCCACCACGCGGCGUGUGGACUUUGUGCGGCGCCAGGGCGGUGACGGCACCACCUGGGCACUGGCGCCCGAGGACGCCACCGACCCCUCCCACCCCGCCGACCCCAACCCCCAGCCCGGCUCCGCCAUCUCAACAUUCAAGCUGCGCGUCCCCGGCCGCUAUCGCCUUACCUGGACCGUGCCGGAUCCACAGAAUCCGGACAGCGACACGCCAUACGCGUCGGAUCCAGAAUUCGUGGAGCUGCUCGUCCGGGCGCAGGAUCCAGGGUACGUCGCGCCGCCUCUGGCGCCGCCGCCCUUCACCCCCUCCCCUCCAGCCGAGCCCCCGGGGCUGGCCUCUCCGCCAAAUCUGUACGAUGACUCGCCGCCACCACCUCCACCACCCCCGGCAUCCUUGCCCUCCCCGUCACCACAACCGCCAUCGCGGCCGCAGCCGCCCCAGCAGCCGCCUGAGGGCGCCGAUGAGCCGCUGAGCCAGGCACGCGCCCGGCCACCCGCUCCCCCGGACCUGCCACCACCCGAGGUAUCGGCCCGGGGCGGGCAGCAGGGAGACCCGUCACCGCCGCCUGCGCCGCCGCCGGUCCGCCGCCAGCCGCCGCCCAGCCGGCGGCCGCCGCCGCGCUGGCGCCGCCCCCUGCCGCCGCACCGCCGAGCAGGAGGCAAGGUGGAGGUGUCGGUGCACGUGGUGGUGGAGGUGGAGGUGCGCGUGAGGGGGGGCCGCCGCCUGGCGAAGCAGGAGGAGGCACAGGUGGAAGAGCAGCGGCAGGAGCGCUGAUGUGGAGAUGGCAGGUGGGUGUGUCGUGAUGGGAUGCCAAGGUUCCAUCCACGUGUACUGCGCUGAUGGGACGAUGGGUUUCGGCGCCCCGCAUUCGUCGAUACGCAUCGAGGCAUGCGAGGCAGGGGAGGUGCGGGUCGUGACACGGUACGAGGCCCCGGCGUAAGGCCCUGGUCGGCAGUUUCCACUUUUCUGGCUUGGGUGGAAGUGCGCACGGGCCUGCGAUUCCCGGCACGGCUGCGGUAUUCGGAAGCAGGGCGAUAACUCAAGUGCCCGUGAACACGCGCGCGCCGUGCCUCUUCUCCGAAAGUGGGGCACAUGGCGGUUGAAGCGCGAAAGAGUGGCCCGACGCUCUCUUUUAA